AUGGAGGGUGUGGAGGACAGCAAGAAGCGGAAGGAGCCCUCGGUGGCAGAAGUCGCGGAGGUUGUGCCGGAGGAGGACAUCACGAGUGGCGUUGAAGAGGCCGGCACCUCCGCCGACGCUGUUGCGGCCAAGAGGCCUCGCCUUGAAGAUGAAGGAUCCAACCCUCCAUCUGCCCAGCUCAAGUUUGCGGGCGAGGACUCGAACGGAGCGGAGUACGCCAGCGAGGAGGCCCUGUGGCGCUCCCUAAAGCGCGCCAAGACGCCCGAGGGCGGGCAGGGCGACGACACCACAGCGGAGGGCAAGCCCUGGUACCAGGGCUCCGAGGAGUACUGGGCCAAGGUGGAGCCCACUCUGGACGGCGUGUUGGGCGGGUUCGGCUUCUUGUCCACCAUCGACAUCAAGACCUCGCGCGCCUUCCUAUCCAGCUUCAUCCCCGCCAUUGGCUCUACUUCCAGAUCUUCGACUUCAACCUCUUCUUCGACCUCUUCUUCGACUUCCUCCUCCUCUACAGACACAACUUCUCCACCUAGCCUCGCUCCGAUCGAGACGACUCGAGCUCUCGAUUGCGGUGCGGGAAUCGGAAGGAUCACGCGCCACCUCCUCCUUGACCUCUUCGAUCGGGUCGAUCUGGUGGAGCCCGACGCCCGAUUCCUGGACAAGGCCAAGCAGCAGCUGGGUCCUCUCCAGCCCCUGAACGGCCACCGGGUGGAGGGGUUCUUCUACGAGGGCUUGCAGUCCUUUGCUCCCGCAAAGCAGCACUACGACCUCAUAUGGAUCCAAUGGGUCAUCGGCUACCUCACCGACGAGGACUUUGUGGCGUUUCUCGGGCGAUGCAGGGAGGCGUUGCGAGAAAACGGCAUCAUCGUCAUCAAGGACAACCUCAACUCCAAGGAGGGCUUCUACGUGGACAAGGAGGACAACUCCAUCACCAGGUCCGACGGGUACUUGCGUCGGCUGUUCGAGGAGGCGGGGUUGAUGCUGGUGCGAGACGCCGUGCAGGAGGAGUUCCCUCCGGGCAUGCUCCCUGUCCGCAUGUACGCCCUGCGUCCCGCCAGCACGUCCUCCUGA